UUCUUGCAUGGGGCAAUGUCCAGGUUAGCCUUGCUGGCAUUCCCAAGCUGGUCUCUGCAUGGCCCUCCACACAGCGAUCCCACCAGGACAAGGCUGAGCAGUGAGAUCUGGGGCUCAAGUGAGAGUUUGCCUCUGAUCCUGCUUGACAAAAGGGGAGGAGAGAAGGAAAAGCCUGCCUUAAGUCACUCCAUGAGCACAAUGAGUGGAAAAAACAGUCCAGAGGGUGAAGAAGGAGCCGGGAGGAUGAAGAGUGAGAGCUGGGGGCAGAGCAACGCUAUGGGAGAGGUCAGGAGGGGCCAGGUGAUCCUUGCUGCCUACCUGAUUGUAACCCUGGAUCUGACCUUUCUGUUCAUGCAGUUUGGAGUCAUACCUUACUUGGCAAAGAACCUGGGUUUGGAUUCGGUGGGGUUUGGGUACCUUCAGACAAUCUUUGGUGUCCUCCAGCUCGUGGGAGGUCCUGUUUUUGGAAGGUUUGCAGAUCAGUUCGGCAACAGAGCUGCCUUAACUCUCUCCUGUGCAUCUGCGAGUGCCUUCUUUCUGCUCCUGUCCAUCUCCACCAGCAUCCCCAUCCUCUUUCUCUCCAGGCUGCCAUCAGUGUUCAUGCAUGGGCUGCCAGGUGCUCAGAAGGUCAUCACAGAUCUGACAGCUCCUUCUGAACGUGCUGCUGCCUUGGGGAGGCUGGGCCUUUGCUUUGGAGUAGGAGUCAUCAUCGGCUCUGCCCUGGGAGGGGUCAUUUCCACCAAAUUUGGCGUUUUUGUUCCCAUGUAUUUGGGGCUGGUGGGAAGUCUCAUAAAUACCGUUAUAUCAAUAGUUUGGAUCCCCUCUCCAGCUAAGCCGAAGUCAGAACAACGUAAGACAGAAAACAGCAGUGUAUUCAACGUCAGAGAAAUCCUACGCGUGAUGAAGUUUCCGGGAGUAAUGGAAAUCUUCUUAGUCAAGGUCCUUUCUGGACUUCCCAUAGGUUUGUUCCUGGUUAUGUUUUCCAUCAUCUCGAUUGAGUUCUUUGGGUUGGAAGCAGUGGAGUCUGGAUACCUGAUGUCAUAUUUUGGUGUCCUUCAGAUGGUUGUCCAAGGCCUAGUGAUUGGAAAACUCACAAGCCAUUUCACGGAGCAGACCCUGCUCAAGCUUAGCGUCUUCAUCUUCGCCGGCGUGGGGCUGGGCAUGGCCCUGAUGAAGACCAUAUGGCAUUACUGCAUCAUCGUGGUGCCGCUGGUGUUUGCCUUUAACGUGCAGGGCACCAUCACUGACAGCAUUCUCACCAAGGCCGUGCCCUCCUCUGACACCGGGACCAUGCUGGGGAUCUGCGCCUCUGUCCAUCCCCUGACGAGAACGGUGGGCCCAACCCUCGGUGUCAUUCUGUACGAGCAAUAUGGAGUCUCCUCCUUUGGCUACUUGCAGCUCAUUGUCAAUCUCGGUUUGUUUGUUUAUCUCUUAAAGAGCAAAAACCCACUGAGAGAGACAAAAAGCCACUAAUUCUCCAAAGUUGCCACUUCUGUUUUUCCACCGAAAUAAAGAAAGGAACGUUGUUGUA